CAAUUUUUCAUAAAAAUAGCAUUAAAAAGUCUCACACAGUCACUAAGAAAAUUUGAAAAAAAAUUAUUUAAAAAUGAAAAAACAUGUUUAAAAUAUUAAAAAUCUAUAAAAAAAUGUAUACUGCAAAGUUUUUAUUAGAAAAAUCCCAAAAAUAAACUAUGAAAUUAUGUUAAUUUGAGACAUUUUAUAGAAACAGACCUCAACUCUUAAGAUAUAAAAUGGGAAAAAAUCUAUAAUACAUUUUACAGUGUAACUAGAAAAAAAGAUUUUCAGAUUUUAGAUACGAAAUCAAAUUAAUUUCUACAAAGAAAACAAUAAAAAUGGCAAAAACUAUUUAAAAACGCACUAUUCUUUUUGAAUUGAAGAAGCAAAAAAUAGUAGUUAAAUUUAAAUAUUUUUUAAAAUCGCAGUGAAAAAUGCCUUUAGCUACCAGUACAUCAGCUCAACAAUUGCGUCCAUUAACACUGGCUGGACCAGAACGUGAACCAGUACAAUUCACUGUAAAUCUGGUUGGAGCACCAGCUGAGGUUGAGCAACUGGUACAGCAAAUAAAAACUGUUGCUGAACAGUUCCUAUAUCAUUGGAAAACAUUUCCCAUUGUUCUUCCUCAACCCCUUCGGUCGUGCUUUAACCCUAAGCAGUUCUGGCAAUAUGGCUCCAAUACGGUAGGCAAUCGUAAACCCAGACCCAUUAAUUUAAGGGAUUUAUUCAUAGCACCACCCUUUGAUGAGCUUGAUGGUGCUUCUGAUGGUACUGGCGAUCCACGGCGUCUAACGAAUUCCCAAUUGAAAUCGUUGCGUGAGAAUGGCUUACAAAAGGAUAAAUAUGGAAAACCCAAGAAAUUAACUUUGGAACAAUUGGAAACCAUACGUAAAAAUGGAGAAUUUAAUGUUCCCAGUUUGCAUUUUCCGGGUCAAGUGCAUAAAUGGCGUUUAUCGCAGCUAUUGCAAAAAGGCACUUUACGCGCUCAUGAUUCAUUUUUAAGUGAUUUGGCUUUGGCUGCUCGUUUUCUAGUGGUUACAGCUCGUGGUCGUAUAUUUUCUCAUUUCUUUUCGGUUUAUCAUGCUAUACACGCUCUACUCCAUGGUCUGGUCAGAGUGGUCGAUAUGUUUAUUGGAGUACCCGCUCUGUUGGCCCACAAUUUGGACUAUAAAAUUAAAGAGGAAAGAUGUCGUUUUCUGAUAGCGGAACUUGUGUGCAGGUCCGAAUUCGAAGACUGUUUAGAUGGUCUAUGCUCAUAUGUGCGUAAAAUGUUGCGUCGUGCCACCAUGGAGAAAUUCGACUUUAAUAGUUGUGAUGUCUCACAGCCAGUGCCAUAUCUCUUCUUAACGCCCAAGGGACAAGAAAUCGAUUUGCGACUCUUCUGUCGCGAUGUUAUGCGCAAAGCUUUGCCCAUUUUGAUUGGCAUACUAGAGCGGGAAACUCGUGGUUGGUUUCUACACUUCCGUGAACGUUUAAUAGCCGAAUUGAGAGCUAAAAAGUUGACAGAUAAAGAAAUCGAAGAAGAAGUUAAUGAGGCUGUAAUGAAAGAGUAUUUACAACGUGUUUACACAUCAAUAUUAUCCAAUCCUAAAUUGGCCGAACUAGGCGAUGGUAUACCUGAGUUAUUAGUGCAGCAGGCCCAGUCGGUGGUGAUCAUGUAUAAGGCAGUGGAUAAAGUACAAAAGGAUAUUAAACGCUCACGGGAAGAUCAUCAGAAAUGUUUGUCAAAUGAUCAUUCGGUGUUGUCGAGAGUGGCACCCUGGUUGCGUUCGAAAUUAAGACAUGCUGAAGAAAGUAAAUUAUCCAAGUCAGCCUGGUCGGCCCAUGAGGAAGCUUUGAAAAUGUGCUCGAAACAUAAUCUACAUCAAACUGCCUACUUUUUAGGGCGAGAUUUGGCUUUCAUGAAGGAGCGUGAACCGGUAUUGCUGAAAGAGUUGAAAAAUGCCAAAACACCCACACGUAGUUUUCAAUGGGCCUGUCGCAUUUGGUCACCUAAGUCCUGGAUUAUACGUAGAAAUUUCCAAGGCCAGUCGGAUGUUAUACCCACGGUCAUAAGUCAACAGGCCACCUCGAUAGUAACGCCCAGAUCAGAUCCUAGUCAACCGGUGUUCUUAGUGGAAAAGGAAAUUGUGCGCACCACCAGCACAAGGUGGCCCUUCUGGCGUUUAUUGAAUUUAAUGCAGCGUACUUGGUGUUGGACCUGGAAUAUGAUGUUUCUGUUGGGCAUUUUGGUGCCCUGGUGUAGUCCCGUAAGUUUGCGGGCCCUGUUCUGUGUUAAGCCUUUCAUGCCAGACCUAGAGUUGUCACAAAUCAAUGGCACCCUUUUUCCGCGCAAGACAAGCAUAACGCAGACUAUGGCCUCACGUCUAAUAGAGCUCUGGCGACACAUAUCAAAAUCAAGAACGCAUUUUGAAACUGAACCGGAUACGGGUUUCAUAGGCAAGGGAUUUACACGCAAUUUAAAUCGUGUUUGGAAUUAUUUUGUCAAAGGUUUUCUGGGCACUGUGGUUAUCUUGUUUGCCUUUCCCUUACUCUGUUUGGCCUGUAGUUUGCUUAGCAUUUUAUUGGCCUUAACAGCUCCUUUGUGGAUUCCCGUAUUUACUAUUUUAUUGCAUGUUUAUAUGAUAUUAAUUUAUGAUCUGGAUUCGCCGGACAAUGCACGCAAUCGCUAUUGUAUUUUAUUGGAGGCAUUAAUAUGGAAUAUUUUCAUACAGGGCUGUAUACAACCCAUAGCGGCAUUAUUAGUGGCCAGUAUAUUGUGUCCAUUGGUGUCCGGUUUGAUAUUAAUAGUUGGUGUGGUUCGUUACUCUUUGCGACUGUUGUGGGAUUCCCUUACAUUUCAUUUGUUCAUUAAGAAAUGUGGCCGUAUCCCGGCUUCCGAUAGUUUGGCUGUUAAACGUAUAGCCGGUCCCGGUUUGGCUCUCGACUAUUACUUUAUCAUUAGACCCGAGCAAGCUUUGGCUGCCUUUGAAGCCAAAAUGGAAUUGGAUGAGUUGCAAGCAUAUCAACAUGCCAUGGAACGUAUAAUAAUGCAACCACAAAAAGAUUUCUCUCAAUUUGUAGAGGCUUGUUUUGGUCCCUUUUCAGCCCAACUGUCGAAAAGUGGACCCUACUUGUCAUUGGAUCGUGAGGCUCAAGACUUAAUGACUACAUUGCAUGAGAAAUUAGAGAAACGUAGACGUGAAUUGCAAACCGCCUUGACCACACAAGUUAAAACCAGAAUAAAACUCAAUACCAAGGAACUAAAGAUUGCCAUACAACUUGCCGCCCAUAUACUGGAGAAAUACUAUCCGUCACAUAUUAUAGCUAGAUUAUCCAUAAGUGAGGAAGAAUUUUGGGAUAAUAAGGGCUUAACGGUCAAUGAUUGGCCCGGUUUAGCUGGCCUCAUUUAUACCGAAAUAUUUAGCUUAGAUUUUCUCACACCUCUAAUGGAAAACGAUACGCAUUUCAAACUGGAACCACAUCCAACUUUGGAUUUGACUCGCUACACCGAAAUGGUACAAAAUGCCACAGAUGUUAUUGGUUCCAAAGGUUUAGAUCUCUUGGGUAAUGUUUAUGCUCCGCGUGGUAAUGUACAAGUACUACCAUUCCUGGAAGUGACCGCCUUUAAUCCUAGAUCUAGAAUAACAUUAACUUUCAGAAAACCAGAGAAACGGGACAUUUCCGUUGGUUUGACCACACCUCGCGUUCGUGCCCAUCGUGCUGCCCAGCAAACAAAAACUUCCGAUACUCAUAAACCCUGGCGUCCCUGGAAAAAGAAGUCAGACGAUAAAAGUUUAUCGGAAAAGUUAUUGAUACCUUUGCCGGUACCACAUCCUGUACAUAUAGCGAUUAAUAUCUACAAUCGUGAUGCUGAACAUCCCAUACCCUUAGACUCGGAACUAGUAUGGGAAAUAUUAAAAUCCAUAGAAGAUUGCCAAAGUGGUGAUGCAAUGGCCGUAGCUCAAACAGUUUCACGUUACCGUGGAGCUGUCACAGAAUCCAGUAACGAUUCGCUGGCAUCCAGCAGUAGUUUGGGUAGUACAAGAGAAUCUGGUGGUUCUGCCACUGGUUCGGGUUCUGGUAUUGCCAAUGGCAACAACACCGAAACAUUGCCUUGUGUUAAUCGAGAGGUUUGCACUCAAGUUAAAGUGGCCGAAGAACAACCACCCAGUUCUGGUUUCCAUUGGACCCUAAGUAAUUGGGGUGCCGCACAAACUGCCCGCAGGCGUACCAAUUCCAAUGUACGUGUAGAUUUAGCCAGUCCUGAGGAUAUUUCCUUAGAUACAGACAGUUCAAGAGCUGUUUUCAAUCCCUAUGGAACAACUGUCUAAGACAUUCGCCAUCAUAAUGCUCUCAUUCAUUCAUACACACACACUCUACACUCUUUAAGAAAACAAUGUUAUACAAUGGUAAAUUGCUUUUUUAUUAACUUUUUAUUAGAUAAAACAAAACAAAGUGAAGAAAAUAUUUUAUAAGAACCUAUAAACAACUAACACUUUUUAUGUGUUAAAAAACAACAAAAACAAAUUAAAAAAGAAGAAAACAUCAUUAUUAUGAAAAGUUAUAAUUAAAAUUAUAACAAAUUAAGUCAUUAACUCGAACAAUUCUAAAAAAAAAUCGUAAAACAAAAUCAAGAAAUCAAACUACUUUAAUCUAUAUUCUCAUAUACAUACUAUAUACAUACACACCCAUAAAAUUAUCUAGAUAGUUAGUAUAUCUAGACUAUAUAUUUCCAUUUAUAAAUUUACAUAAAAAAACAUAGAUAUUUUACUAAAAAGAAAUAUAUCCAUACAAAAUUACAUUUACCUAUACAUACAUAAAUGUAUUGAACUAAUCUGUAUUCCUUAUUUAGUUAUCUAUUUUUCAAAAUAUUAACCCUUUUGAAUCUCAUAAUGUACACAAAAAGAGAAAUAUCCAUAUUGAUAUUUAAUCUUCUACUUAGGCCUUUCAUUUUCUUUUAAGAAAACUUUAGUUUCCUUUUUUAUUUAAUUUACAAUAUUUUAAUCUAGUCGUUUAUAUACAAAUUAUAUUGAAAAAAAAAACACAAAAGUUUUCUUUUUAAGCUAAAAAGAAACGAGUAUUUUUUUAACACAUAAUGGCGGUAUUUGAAAAGAACAAAUUAUAUAACAUUUCCCAGAUUUCAAAAUGUGGUGGACCGAUUUAUGUUUAAAAAACUUUAAUAAAAAAUUUUCUGACGUAUGACUUUUCUACAGAAAAUCAUAUGUUAAAGGCUUUUUAUUGAAAAUCUUCUGUUUGAAAGAUUUUUUUAUAAAAAAUCUGCUGUUGAAAGACUUCUACGGAAAAUCUUUUGUAAAAACACUUUUUAAUAAAAAGUCUUAUAUAGAAAGACUUUUCUAUAGGAAAUCUUUUACUAAAAGACUUCUCUCAGUUCCACUUCAGUUUUAGUUCAG